GACUUUAAGGCUGUCUCGCAAUGGCGUCGACGAGCAAGCAAUACAAGGCCGUAGGAGAGGAUCUCUGGAAGGGCCGCACGGAAAAGAUCAACGCAGAACUAUUCGCCCUCACGUACGGCGCGCUGGUCGUGCAGCUCAUCCAGGACUAUGAGGACUAUACGGAGGUCAACAAGCAGCUCGAGAAGAUGGGCUACAACAUUGGCACGCGCCUCAUCGAGGACUUCCUCGCGCGCAGCAGCCUAGGGCGGUGUGCAGACUUCCGGGAGGUGGGAGAGGUCGUCGCAAAGGUUGGGUUCAAGUCCUUCCUCAAUAUCACCCCGAAUGUCACGCACGGCGCACAACCUGUCGCCUCCUCUCCGACCCGCACGAGCAUGCCUCCCCCACAGGUGAACGCGCCAGGAUCAACGUUCGUGCUGCAGUUCGACGAGAACCCGCUCGCGGAGUUUGUCGAGCUGCCCGAGGAGGCCCUAGAGGGGGGUUUGUGGUUCAGCAACGUCCUCUGCGGUGUCAUCAGAGGCGCGCUAGAGAUGGUCCAGAUGCAGGUGCAGGCCGCCUUCGUAUCUGACGUGCUCCGCGGCGACGAGACGACCGAGAUCCGCGUGACCCUCACAAAAUACCUAGAGGAGGAGGUGCCCGUGGGCGACGACUAGAUACCGAAGUAUGGAUGUACAGUAGAAGUUCUGCAUGAUGUAUCACCACCUAUUGCGGCAGCACGAGUUCUCCCUGCAGGCACAAUACCACCGUGUGACGGAGCACGAAAGCGACGCGAGGUGAGGUGCGGCGUCCGAAACAAGCACGCAAAUCGCGAUUCAACGGGGACACGAAGGACAGGGGGAGGGGCUUCCGGCCUAGCCCUAGUUGUACCGCUCGACGCGAUUGAGCUUCCGCGCCGAGCGCGCGUUGCUCUGUGUGUUCUGGCCGCGGACGGGCAAGUGCAUCGCGUGCCUCCUUCCGACGUACGAGCCGAUCAUACGCUGGUGGGCGAUAUUCUCCCGCAUUUGCCUGCGCAGGUCCGACUCAAUCUUGAUCUCCCGUAGACGGUCCACCGGUGCGGGUUGCUCCGCGGCCGCCUGUACGGGCGCAGCGAGAGAAGGAUGGGGAGCGGCGAGGGGUUGAACGGAGACCGGGGGCGAGUUCGUGGGUGAGGAGAGGAAGGCGGUGAGGGCGGUCACCUGGGACUGGUUCAGGUGCCGGAUGCGUGCGCGGUCGUGGAUUUGCACGCGGGCGCAGAGGCGGAGGGCCGUUUUCUGGCCGAUUCCGUAGAAGUGCGUCAGAGCAUGCUUGACGAAGUGGUUUUCCGGGAGGAGGACGC